AUGCCGAAAGGACAAGUUUUGAAAGGACAAUCCAGACAGUUAGUGCUAAAACUUUGUGAUUUCUUUGAGAAAGAAAAUCAAAAUGGCGGUCCUCUCAUACCUUUCUCGCAAGUGCGAAACCGUGUUUCGGUUGCAUUGGGUAUCAGUCUACCAACUGUGACUAAAAUUACGAAUGAUGCCUACGGUAGGAGCGGCUUGGAAAGAAACAAACCUUCUACACCAAAAAGAAAGCGUCGGCCUCGUAAGGUGACAGGUGUUGAUGAUUUUGACGCUGAUGCCAUUCGUCGUCAUGUAUAUGACUACUAUUUAAAAAAAGAAAUUCCAACUUUAAGAAAACUUAUUGUUUCCUUGCAAAGAAGUGGUUUAUUUCAUGGUCAAAAAUCUUCAUUGGCCAAAGUUUUAAAAACAAUUGGCUUUUCAUUUAAAAAAUCUGAUAAAAGAAAAGUGUUAAUGGAACGAACUGAUGUUGCUUUGUCACGAUGUGACUUUUUAAGAAAGGCAAAAAGAAUACAAGAUUGGACAAAUAUUGUUUUUACAGAUGAAACAUGGCUCAACGCUAACCACACAAUAUCCCGUUCCUGGACUGACGGUACUGCUGCAUCAACCUCCGCAGUACCAAUGGGAAAAGGUGAACGCCUCAUCAUAUGUCACGCUGGUACGGCAAAAGGUUUUGUACGAAAUGCACUGCUGGCAUUCAAAUCUAAGAAAUCAGGCGAUUACCACGAAGAAAUGAAUGCAGAGGUCUAUGAAGAGUGGUUCAAAAACAUGCUCCUAUCAUUGGAAGAACCAUCUACAAUUUUAAUUGAUAACGCACCUUACCACUCUCGCCAAAUUGAUAAAAUGCCAACACAAGCUAAUAAAAAACAUGAAAUUAUUAAUUGGCUUCGCGAUAAUGGAGAAAAUGUGGACGAUUCUAUAAUUCCUCCUUAUCACUGCCAAUACAACGCUAUAGAGCUCAUCUGGGCUCAAGUAAAAGGGCAUGCUGCGAGAAGCAAUACGAGCCCGCCAUUCACAGCGAAUAAAAUGUUGGCAUUACUAAAAGACGCUUGCACCCACGUGACGGCCGAGAACUGGGCAAGAGUGGUGGAGAGAACUAAACGUAUCAUAUUAUCUGAUUGGGACCGUGAUAUUGCAUUCGACAAUAUAUGCACACAAGACCUUAUCCUACAUAUUACUGAAGACUCCUCAUCGGACGAAUCCAGUGAAAAUUGUAAUUCUGACGACUUAGGCUAA